AUGGGUGAUUGGGACGACGAUGAUUUUGAAAUCGACGUUAAACAACUUGAUGAAAAGAAGCAAACAGUUGUAAAAGGAACAAAAGUAGAUGAUGAAUUUGACGAUAAAAUCAUACCUGAAAAAGUAGAAGUGGCAUCAUCUUCUCAAUCAAAAAAGCCCCGUGCUGAUGCUCUUGGCACUUUCACGAAUGAUUUGAGUCGUGAGUUGACUACGAAAGAUCAAGAAGAAUUGCAAAAGAAAUCUGAUCUAAUGCUAGCGAAAGAAUUGUUUGGUACUGAAUCAGACGAUGACUUGGUAUACGACGAAAUACAGUCAUUGGAUGAAUUUAGGACAUUUGGAGAAAAAAUUGGAAAAGUGCUCGCGAAAAGAUCGAAUAAUGCUUACUUUUCGGAGAUGCUUGUUUCACUUCUUAAAGUUGUCCUUACUAGUGCGGAUGCUAGCAAAGCACGAGUUUUAAGUACUCUGCUGAAGACAAUAGCGGAUGAGAAAACUGCAGCUGAAAAGCUACUGAAGGGGAAAAGUUCACAAACCAAGCCUACGAUCAAAACUACGAAAAAAUCUACUUUUAAGAAUAAAGUGCCAUCUAAAGCAGACAGUAAUCUCUAUGAAGAUUAUGUGUUUGAUGAGUAUGAUGAUUACGCUGAUAAGUUCAUGUGA